AACAAUUAACAAGGUAGUGGUCAAUUGGCAUUCAAAUGCAUGUCAAGCCAUUGGUCUAUAAAAGCUUAUCAAAAAUCACUUGGUUCACAAAAACAUCUUCCAAGAGGAAAUCUAGAAGCAAAAACCAAGUCAACUGUCAAGUAUCAGUCCAAAGACGCAAUGAAAGCCGUGAUAGUCAUUUGCUUGCUUCUUGUCAUUGCUGGAUCUUCGAAUGCGCAAUAUGUGUCCACGUUUGGUGACGAGCCGAUGCCUGAGCAGCCUUUAAACCAGCGACCCAGAGAGUCGGCAAAGAACUACAAGCAACGAGCCCGUUUAGAGAAGCUUCUUCCAAGACGACUUUGGAAGGAUCAAUAUUAGUGAGGGGCAUAAAUUAUAGGGGCCUACUAAUGAAACUAUAUAUAUAUAUAGAAUAGAAAUAUUGUUGUUUUCGCUGUGAAACAUAGAUACAAAAUAAAUAAAUAUGAAAUAAAUAACUACAAAUAUA